UGGAUCCGCUUCUUCCCUGGGGGCACAAGCCCCCUGCCCACAUUUGUGGGCAUUUAAGAUGUCUCUGAACCGUGCAAAGGAGCUGAGCACUUCGGCACUGAGGAAAAUAGCCGCCGACAUGAGCAACUUAAUCGAAAGCCUGGACUCGAGGGAGCUCCACUUUGAGGGGGAGGAGGUCGACACGGAUGUGCUGCAUGACCCCAAGGCCCCCGUGGGCAUCCCAUUCUCAGCCAUUUAUAAAACUAAAGGAUUUAAAGAGGCUCAUCUGCAGAUCUACCUAACCGGGUGCCCCAUCCGCGUGCGAGUGCUGGAAGUGGAGCGGUUUACCUCGACUACAAAGGUACCAAGUCUACAUGUUUACACCAUUGAAUUGACACAUGGGGAAUUUACAUGGCAGGUGAAAAGGAAAUUCAAGCACUUCCAAGAAUUCCACCGGGAACUGUUGCGAUACAAAGCUUUAUUACGGAUUCCCAUCCCUACAAGAAGGCACACAGUUCGAAGAGAGACCAUCAAAAGAGGAGAAGCGAUACAGAUGCCAAGCCUACCACGCACCUCUGAGAACAUGGCCAGAGAAGAACACCUGUCCAGCAGAAGGAAGCAACUGGAAGAUUACUUAACAAACCUCUUAAAAAUGCCCAUGUACAGGAACUACCACGGAACGUUGGAAUUCAUUGGUGUAAGUCAGCUGUCAUUCAUCCAUGAUCUAGGACCAAAAGGCAUAGAGGGCAUGAUCAUGAAACGUUCUGGAGGUCACAGAAUACCUGGCCUGAACUGCGGUGGACAGGGGAGGUUGUGCUACCGGUGGUCGAAAAGGUGGCUAGUAGUAAAAGACUCCUUUUUAAUGUACAUGAAGCCAGACAGUGGAGCCGUUUCCUUUGUCCUGCUGGUGGAUAAAGAAUUCAGCAUCAAGAUUGGCAAGAAGGAAACAGAAACUAAAUACGGGCUACGAAUUGACAAUCUCUCCCGGUCUCUGAUUCUGAAGUGCAACAGCUACAGACAUGCUCUCUGGUGGGGCCAAGGAAUCGAAGAAUUCAUUCAGAAGAACGGCAAGAACUUCCUCAAAGAUCACAGAUUCGGUUCUUAUGCAGCCGUCCAGGAGAACACGUUGGCAAAAUGGUAUUUGAACGCAAAAGGUUACUUUGAAGAUGUCGCCAAUGCCAUGGAGGCUGCUAAAGAAGAGAUUUUCGUCACAGACUGGUGGCUGAGCCCAGAGAUAUUCAUGAAGCGGCCCGUGGUGGAAGGGAAUCGGUGGAGGCUGGACUGCAUUCUGAGGCGAAAAGCGCAACAAGGGGUGAAAAUCUUUGUGAUGCUCUACAAAGAGGUGGAGCUGGCUCUCGGCAUCAACAGCGAGUACAGCAAGCGGACUCUGAUGCGCCUGCACCCCAAUGUUAAGGUGAUGAGACACCCAGAUCACGUUUCAUCUUCUGUCUAUUUGUGGGCUCAUCAUGAGAAAUUGGUGGUCAUCGACCAGUCCGUCGCCUUUGUCGGAGGCAUCGACUUGGCGUACGGUAGGUGGGAUGAUAACGAGCACCGGCUGACUGACGUCGGCAGCGCAAAACGGAUGAACGCCACAAAGUCCCCGUCUUCAACAAACCUUGCCUCUCUUAUCUCUCCUCAGUCGCCAACUGAUCUGGUUCUACCGCCAGCUCUCAGCCCUGAGACCCAGCCCACACCAAAGCUGCCCUUGAAAGAAAACAACGAUGACACACCAGAUUUGUCAAGAAUGAAAGGGAUAGGGAAAACCAGGAAAUUUGCCCGGUUCAGCAUCUACAAGCAGCUCCACCGGCACGGCCUCCAUCACGCGGACAGCGUGAGCAGCGUUGACAGUGAAUCACAUAAAGGCUCGAUCCGCAGCUUAAAGACGGGCGUCGGCGAGCUCCUUGGGGAAACACGGUUCUGGCACGGGAAGGAUUACUGCAACUUUGUCUUCAAGGAUUGGGUUCAGCUGGAUAAACCCUUUGCUGACUUCAUUGAUCGCUACACUAUGCCAAGGAUGCCGUGGCAUGACGUCGCCUCCGUUGUGCAUGGCAGAGCGGCCCGCGAUGUAGCUCGACAUUUUAUUCAGCGCUGGAACUUCACAAAGAUCAUGAAACCCAAAUACCGAUCCCUCUCCUAUCCUUUCCUGCUGCCAAAAUCUCAGCGAACAGCCGAUGAGUUGCCGUACCAAGUCCCUGAGGCCGUGUAUGCCAACGUUCAGGUGCUCCGCUCUGCUUCUGACUGGUCGGCUGGGAUCAAGUAUCAUGAGGAAUCCAUCCACACUGCUUACAUUACUGUAAUAGAAAAUAGCCAGCACUACAUAUAUAUUGAGAACCAGUUUUUUAUCAGCUGCGCCGAUGACAAAGUGGUAUCUAACCGGAUUGGCGAUGCCAUCGCACAUAGGAUUCUGAAAGCCCACAGGGAGAACAAGAGGUACCGAGUCUAUGUAGUGAUACCCCUGCUGCCGGGAUUUGAAGGCGACAUUUCAACAGGAGGAGGAAACGCUCUGCAAGCCAUAAUGCACUUUAACUACAGGACCAUGUGCAGAGGAGAUAAUUCGAUCCUUGGACAGCUGAAAGCAGAGAUCGGAGACCAGUGGAUUAAUUACAUUUCGUUCUGCGGGCUACGAACCCACGCCGAGCUAGAAGGGAAGCUCGUCACGGAACUGAUCUACGUUCACAGCAAGCUGAUGAUUGUCGACGACAACACCGUCAUCAUUGGCUCUGCUAACAUCAAUGACCGCAGCAUGCUUGGGAAACGAGACAGCGAAAUGGCGGUCAUCGUACAGGACACUAACACCGUUCCUUCUGUGAUGGACGGGCAGGACUACAAAGCCGGAAAAUUUGCUCAGUCUCUCCGCCUGCAGUGCUUCAGAGUUAUCCUGGGAAGUGCAACAGACUCUACGGAUCUCCAGGACCCUGUUUCUGACAAAUUCUUCAAGGAAGUGUGGGUGUCAACAGCUGCGCGCAAUGCCACAAUUUUUGAUAAGGUUUUCCGAUGCCUUCCCAGUGACCAAGUGAACAACUUAACCCAGCUACGGGACUUCAUCGCAAAACCAAAGCUUGCCUGUGAGAACCCUGCAAAGGCAACCGAAGAACUCAAAAAGAUCCACGGAUUUCUAGUUCAGUUCCCCUUUCGUUUCUUGGAUGAAGAGAAUUUGCUUCCCUCUGUUGGGACGAAGGAAUCCAUGGUGCCCAUGGAGACAUGGACUUAAGCAAAAUUGGAUCAAAACCCACUUCGAGAAAUAUUGAAUGGACUGUGGUUGCAGGCAUCAUUUCUGCCAUAGGGUGGGGGGGAAAAAGAUUUCCACUUAUCCAAAAGUGC